AUGUUUUUUUCUCUAUUCCGUCGAUGUUGCAGUUCCACCGCCGUCGUGAGUGAUCAUCCAUCGUCGAAACCGGAGCUGGAGCCGGAGUCAGAGCCGGUUCCGACACUCGUGCCUUACUCAGACGAUGAUGGCACACGGUGGAGGCCGUCUUUAUCUACGAUAAUCGAAGAAGAGGAAAGGGGCCUAGAAACCGAGAGUGAGAGUAACAAAAAGAAGUCGUUGUUUCACCAAAUACUGAAAAGAUUCUGGAAUAUUGGAGUGGCGGAUAGAGAGCAAUGA